AUGAGUCUCUGGCAAUCUGCUCCGAUGCAUUGGCAAACUUAUACCACAUCCGCCCCACUUACACCACAAUUAGAAGAAUCGUUUCGUCGUCAAGCUGCUUCAGCUUUUGCUCACUCAAAUCAAACAAUGGGAUAUUCAGUUUCAUCCUCUUUCACAACUCAUAAUGGUAUAACGACCGGUUCUACACAAUUACAAGUUGGAAAAUCAACACCUUGGUCUCCCGCUGAGAUCGAUUCGGUGGAAAGGUAUUUGGUGGGAUUGAUACCUCCAGGUCAGCUAAUUGGACCUUCAGGAAGACCAGUAGGAUAUAUCGGAUUCCCUUCAGAGCAAGCUACUCCAUCCAGAAUGAAAAAAGCCAAGAAUCAUACAAAGGCACCUUCUAUCACUUCUCACUCAUCGACAAUAAGCGAAGCUGGAACCGUACCGCCAUCCAAGCUACCCAUCUCUCCUAUCAGUCCGGUUCAUUCCACUCAUGUCCACUAUGAGGAUCACGAUCAAUCGCAAUCAGGAAGCAGUCUUAGGACGUUCACAAGAAAGUUUUCCAAGAAGAGAUCUACCUGA